AUGUCCCAGCAAGCGGGUUCGCCCGGUCUCGCACCUCUCUCCCGGCCUGUGACACUGCAAUUGAGCCCGCGCAAGUCGUCCAAAGACCGCAUCCAGGGGAUUCUCGAGACCGCCCGCGACCGCGCCGACUCUCUCGCUUCCAGCCCCAACUCGGCCCACGUCAGUCCCCGAUUACAACCCCUGCUCGAGCGCGAGCGCCGCGCCAGCGACCCCUCCGGCUCAGGAUGGCCCCACGAUCUCAAUAACAGCAAUGGCCAGGGUAAUGGUGAAGACCAUGACGGGGUGAUCACGACCCAGCCCGAGCGGCACCGCUCGCUCAACUACCAGAGCACCGUCGAGACGAAUCCCGCGCCCGGCACGCGGAAGCGGUCGGCGUUGAGCAAUGGGAGUAGGAAGAACUCGGGCGCGCACGGGGCGGGCACGAUACCGUCGUCGCCACGGAUAUCGGGGCGAGGUGCUGGUGAAGAGGAGCUGCGGGAUCGACCGAGGCGGGAGCCGGACGAGCCGUCGUGGAAGAGGAAGUUACGGUAUUUUAAGAGUAUUGAGUUGGAGAAUAAGGGGAGCGUGGCAAGGGAUCAUUUGGCGUUGGAACGCACAUUCCUCGCCUGGCUCCGCACCUCCCUCGCCUUCGCCUCCAUCGGCAUCGCCAUCACCCAGCUCUUCCGCCUCAACACGUCGCUGGCCGACGACUCGCACCAAGCCGACACGCUGCGCCACUUGGGCAAGCCGCUCGGCACGGCUUUUCUAGCUGUCAGUAUUUUGAUUCUGCUGUUGGGAUACAACCGGUUCUUGCAGGGCCAGUACUGGGUUAUCAAGGGCAAGUUUCCGGCGAGCCGGGGCACGAUUAUGUUGGCGGCGCUGAUUGCGUUUACGGUUACGAUGGCGUCGUUGGUGGUGAUUUUGGCGGUGCAGAAUAAUUUUGGGUCGUAG